GGUUUGUUCAUUUUCUAGAAAAUUCGGGUACGAACGGAUGAAUCGUAUUGCAGUGAAAACCGGCAUUCGUUUGCGAUUGAUUUACAGACUGUCAGUGUGAAGCAACGUGUUUCUGUUCGUGAGAUUUGUUGAAAAAGGGCUAAAAAGAAACUUUCGAGUGUGAUAAGCUUAAUUUGUGAGUCACAAUGGCUGCUAUGUCCGUGAUAGGUAUUGAUUUCGGUAACGAAUCCUGUUAUAUAGCUGUUGCAAAAGCAGGUGGCAUCGAGACAAUAGCCAACGAUUACAGUCUUCGGGGAACACCAUCAUGUGUAGCAUUCUCAACCAAGAACCGUAUAUUAGGAGUUGCAGCCAAAAACCAGAUGGUUACUAAUAUGAAAAAUACUGUGUUUGGGUUCAAGAGACUCUUGGGAAGGAAAUUUAAUGACCCCCAUGUUCAAAAGGAGCUCAAACAUUAUCCUUUCAAAGUGGAGGAAAGACCUGACGGUGGGAUUGGGAUAAGGGUGAAUUAUUUAGGAGAAGACAAUGUGUUCAGUCCAGAGCAGAUCACUGCUAUGCUGUUCACUAAGCUCAAAGACGUAGCUGAAACUGCCCUGCAGACGCCCAUCAAUGACUGUGUUAUAUCUGUACCUAGUUACUACACAAACGCUGAAAGGAAUGCACUGCUAGAUGCUGCUCAUAUUGCUGGACUCAAUGUGCUGCGUCUGAUGAAUGAAACAACAGCUACUGCUCUUGCUUACGGCAUUUACAAACAAGACCUGCCUGCUCCUGAAGAAAAGCCUAGGAAUGUUAUUUUUGUUGACUUUGGACACAGCUCUCUUCAGGUGUCAGCUUGUGCAUUCAAUAGAGGAAAGUUGCGUGUUCUAGCUACUGCAUCGGAUGACCACUGCGGCGGCCGGGAUAUUGAUACAGGACUAGCCGAAUACUUCUGUCAAGAUUUCAUUACGAGAUACAAGCUUGAUCCCCGAAAAAACCAAAGGGCGUACCUCCGUCUACUGCAAGAAGUGGAGAAACUGAAGAAGCAGAUGUCUGCGAACAGCACGCGGCUGCCGCUGAACAUCGAGUGCUUCAUGGAAGAGCGGGACGUCACCGGUGACAUGCAGCGCUCGCAGAUGGAGCAGAUCUGCCAGGACACCUUCACGCGCGUUGAAAGGACCCUCCGCGCCAUCGUACAUAACGCUAAACUAAGACCGGAAGACAUCCACUCCAUCGAGAUAGUUGGUGGGUCCACCAGGAUCCCUGCCGUGAAAGGCUUGAUUGAACAGGUGUUCGGGAAGCAACCAUCAACUACAUUGAAUCAGGACGAGGCCGUGUCCCGCGGCUGCGCGCUGCAGUGCGCCAUGCUGAGCCCAGCGGUGCGCGUGCGCGAGUUCAGCAUCACGGACGUGCAGCCCUACGCCGUGCGCCUCGUGUGGGACACCGCGCGCGGCGAGGACGCCGAUAUGGAGGUGUUCCCAGCAUUCCACGCUGCACCGUUCUCGAAGAUGUUAACUUUCUACAGGAAAGAACCGUUCUCAGUGAGCGCGUACUACGCGGACCCAGUGCCCUACCCUGACUCGCUUAUCGGUCAAUGGCAUAUUCGAGAUAUACAACCUACUGCCGAUGGUGAAUGUCAGAAGGUGAAACUGAAAGUGAGGGUGAACAUCCACGGUAUUAUAACUGUGGCGUCCGCUUCUCUCGUCGAGAAGAAGCAAGAAUCAGCACAAUCCCAGAAUGACAAUGUUGACAUGGAGAACUCUAACGAGAACGGGCAGAACAGCCAAGAAGCGCCCAUGGAAACUAACGGCACCCAAGAGCAACAGCCGAACGGGCCUGACAACCAAGAGGUGAGAGAAGAUGAAUCACAAGGGGAGCCGCAACAAAAACAAUCGUGGACACAGAGAGUAGGCCAGUGGUUCAGCGGGGACAAGUCUAAGGACAAAACCAAGAAGGUUAUUGUUAAAACUGUGGAACUGCCCAUUGACGCUCGAACUCAUGGACAUGCUCAGCAUGAACUCAACGGAUUCAUGGAACAGGAGGGCAAGAUGCAAGCACAAGACAGGCAGGAGAAGGAGCGCGCGGACGCCCGCAACGCUCUUGAGGAGUACGUCUACGAGUUGCGUGGCAAGCUGUCGGAGGGCGAGGCGCUGCACGAGUUCGUGCCGCCAGACAUGCGCGAGCGGCUCGUCGCGCAGCUCGACUCGCUCGAGCAGUGGCUCUACGACGAGGGCGAGGACCAGAACCGACAGGUGUACAGUGAUAAACUGUCGGAAUUAAAAACGGAAGGCGAGCCGAUCAAGCAGCGGCGCCUCGAGUUCGAGCUUCGCCCCGGAGCGCUGGACGACUUCGCUCUGUCCAUCCAACUGGCCAACAAGGCCGUCGACCAAUUCAAGGCGGGCGACGCGAAGUACGCGCACCUGCCGGAGGGCGACAUCCACAAGGUGACGGAGGCCAUCAAGAACGCGCACAACUGGCUGGAGAGCGCGCGCCAGGCGCUGGCGCACACGCCGCGGCACCAGCCGCCGCCGCACACCACGCACCAGAUACGCCAGGAGAGACAGACCUUCGAGAACACGGUGAACCCCAUACUAAACAAGCCGAAGCCGAAAGAGAAGACCCCGCCGCCGGCUAACCCCACGGCGGGAGACGGCCAGCCCGCCGCCGCGCCGCCCGACUCCGAGCAAAUGGACGUUGAGUGAACGACGCCUGCCCAAGAUGGAUUACCGCGUAGACACGACACCGAUACCUUUCAACACUAUUCCUUGUGCAAUAACCGAUACCUAUACAUAGCCGCUCAAUUAUACUGUAUGACCGUUCAAAAAUUUACGUGUAUUCUAAAGCGCGAUUUUGAGCUUGAUAAAUACAAUACUUUUGAGCACUAUUCGACGAUAAGAUAGCACGUAUUCUCUAAUCUCCCGGGUUUUUCACGUACUGUCGGUGUCUGGUCUACGUAGAUUAACAUUAUUUAGUUCAUGUCCAAUCCGCUCCGGCUCACCACACUAAAAUGAUCACUCAGAUAAAUCUAAUGUGAAUAUUUAUUUAUUCAUAAGACUAGUGUUGGUUACGUUUUCGUGUGUUACUGCCUAUAUUUAGCAGCCCGUAAUUGAAGCAUCGGCGAUAAUUUAUUAGUUUUGAAAUGAACUGCUUAACAUGAUUUGCUGUAACGGUUGCAUUAUUUUGACGUAACCCUUAUUAGUAUUAAUUAUAUUAAUGAUUUCUUUUGAUACAACACACAGGAUUGGUGCAUUUCUGGAUGUAAUUGCAAUUUAUACUGCAAUGUGAUAAAAAUAAUUAAGUCUCUGAAUGAGUAAGUGUAGAUAAAAUUAAUUCAAUGUAGGGUAUAUUUUAUUGUAAAAUCGCUAGCUCAUUCAGAAAUUCUAUAGAAUUUUAAUUCACAUAAUUUAUGUUUUGUUAUAUAUUGUUCUAUCUAAAAAUUUAUGGGAAUUAACUAGGCAAAAUAAAGAGAGAUUCUGCGGAUGAUCUUGCAUCUCCUGAGCAAGAGGUUUAUAAUGCUUACGUCCAAACAACAUCACUUAUAUUUUAUAACCUUGUACUAUGAAAUAUUGUUAAGAUCAUCGGCAGAAUAGAAUGCAGUAACAACAAGAACUCUACUCUGCAAACAUUAUCACUCGUAAACGCCUGGACUAGUUUGCUUAUCCUCACUUGAAAACCAGUGUUGCUUGGUACAUAGUGGCUACAGAAUAUGUUUGAUAUUGGCAUAUGAUUGUAAGAGUAUCUAAUGAAAAUUCCUAAUAAAUGUAAUUGAGCUAUAUUCAAAUAAGAAUGUAAAGAAAUUGUAUUGCCAGCACUGUGCUUAGCUAGAAAAUUUGAUUUACCCUUUGUCUGUGUCAAAAAUAGUAAAUUAAAAUGCCACGCAUUCAUUCAUUUUCUUUGAAGUACUACUUACUACCGCGAAGGUAGAUAAUUUACGUUAAACUGACUGAUUAAAUAUGUUAGCAGAGCUAAAUUAAUUACUGCAUCAUUCAAGCAAUCGAUUUCGACGUUUUAUGGCAGACUCAGUAUUGUAAUGAAUUUCUAUUAAAUCUACAAUGCACACAAGCUCUUUCUUUAACAAAAUAGAUAUCAAUAUAUUUGCAUCUCACCCUGACGAAAUCGAUUGAAUGUUAUAGCUAGAAUUCUCAACCCGGCAUUUAUUUUAUAGCACCGCUUUAUGCGUAUUUGGCGGUAGGAAAACAUUUAUGUUUAAAUAUGCACUCAAGUGUUUGAGUAAUUUUAUUCAUAAUUCCAUAAUAACCUAAUGUAUGUAACAACUGUAUAGGACCCUUUGGCCUAUAUUGUACAUUUUACAAAUAAAUGGUUCAACCAUUAAAACGUUACUUUGUGCAUUUUUAAUGUUAAAACUGAAAAGCUUAGUAAAAUGACUUAACAACUA